AUGGAUUUCACAGAAAAAUUGGAAGCCUAUCUUAGCGACAGCAACACCAAUCCAAAAAAGUGCGAAAGUAAAAUAUUACUGGGAGACACAAAUGUUGCAGUAAAUUUAUCCGACAACAGCACGACCGGAGAAUAUCUACGUAUCCUUGAGUCGUGCAAUAUGUUCGUUACAAACAACGUUGUAACACGUCCAUCGAGUGGAAACAUCCUAGACCACGUAGUUUGCUCGGAAAGUCUCCUUUCGUCGGUCACAAACAAAACAAUUCCUACUGAUGCAAGUGAUCAUUCAGUAGGUAUCACCACACUGUUUUUCAACCAACCACGCUCCGUUCAAUUGCUGAACAAAAAAAUAACUAAUCAGCAUCAACUGAAUACGGAACUAGGAGUUGCCCUUCUAAGUAUUCCUCUAGUAACGGAUGCCAACGGAAAAAUAAGGUAUAUUAUUGAAAAAUACGAAGAAAUAAAAAACAGAGCCACCAGAACGAUAACCGUUGAAGCCAAAGUGAAGGCGCAUUGUCCCUGGAUGUCCGUCGAUGUUUGGCAACUUAUGUCAACCAAGGAUAAGUUGCUAAAAGCAAGUAGGCGAAACCCCUCAGAUCAACGGUUAAAAGACCUACUGAAACAGGCCUCCAAGAAACUCAACGAUAAAAAGAGACAGUGCAAAAGAAACUAUUACUUUAAACUUUUGCAGACUGCUACUCCGAAAAAGUCUUGGAAGGUAUUAAACGAAAUCUUGGGUAUAAAUUCCAAAAGCUCAAGCAACACCUCCCUAUUGGUAGACGGAAGAACCAUAAAUGAUCCCUUGCAAGCAGCGGACUGCCUUAACGAUUUUUUCUGCAACAUCGGACACAACUUGGCUUCGGAGUUGAAUAGCGACAAGGACAUUUGUAAAUUUGGCACAUUACGAUCUCACUUUCCAUCGUUAUUCAUGAGGCCAACAACCGUAGAGGAAAUUAUCGUGUUGAUCAAUAAUCUCAACACAAAUAAGGCGCCAGGGCCAGACAAAAUACCAGCUUCUACAAUAAAAACCCACCAUCUAGCUUUCGCACAAAUUCUUAAGGAUGUCUUCAACGAAAUCAUAGAGACUGGAGCUUAUCUGGAAGCUCUCAAGAUAGCACGAGUCGCGCCGAUCUUCAAGCCAGGUGACAAAUCCAACCCAUCCAACUACCGGCCUAUCUCAACCUUGUCUACGAUGAACAAAAUACUGGAACAGCUGAUAUCAAGUAGACUAACGAACUUCCUAGAAGCUCAAAAUCUAUUAACCAACAGACAGUACGGGUUUAGGAAAGGAUGCGACACACUCACCGCGACCGGAGAACUUUUGGAAGAGGUUUACUGUGAUCUCGACAACCGACGCUACUCUGGUGCACUUUUUCUGGACCUCAAGAAAGCGUUCGACACUAUCAAUCAUGAGCUACUUCUAAAAAAAACUAGAAAUAAACGGGGUAAGGGGAUCUGCCCUACAUUUGCUGAAAAACUACCUCUCAAACCGUCAGCAAUUUAUUUCUUGGUGUGGCACUAA